UUUGUUAGAGGCAAAGAUGGCGGAAGGUGGAAGUGAGUUUGACGAUGAGGAAUACGAAUAUGAAUAUGUGGAUGAAGAAGAACAAGAGGAAGAGCCGCCAAAAGCAGCUCCUCCAGCCAAAGAUUCGUCUCCCCCAAAAUCGCCAAAAAAAGAAAAAGAGCCCUCACCUCCAAAAUCACCAAAAAAGGAGAAAGAAGCCUCUCCACCAAAAUCACCAAAGAAAGAUGUUAGUCCUGAUAAAUCCCCUGUUGGCAAACGAAAAGUCCGUACUCCUCGACAAUCAAUGGAGGAAAAACCAAAAGUAGAAAAACCCAAAAAAUUAGACGAACCAACAGUUAAUGAAGAAAAAGAAAAUAGUUUGGCUGUUGAUAAUAAUAAUUUUGUUGAACCAAAAAGUCCAUCAGCAGCUUCAGUGACUGCAGAACCUGGAAAAUCCUUUCAAGAAAGGAACAUUUCUGUUUCUGCUCUCAAAAAGCAGCAAAUGUAUUCAGGGGGAAAGCCUAGCCGUCACGAUAAAGCAAAACUUAUGCGUUCUGAGGGAAUUAUACCAAUUCAAGCAGGAACAAAUAAAUAUGCCUCACAAAAGGGAAUGACUGGUUUUGGAGCUCCCCGUGAUGUUGUUAAAGAAUCAAAAGUAAAAUCUGAAAAUUUGGCGGAAAUAACGGAUGAAGCAAAAAUAGCUUCAUUAAAAGGGUCAAUUUGGUUACAAUCUGGUACUAAUAAAUUUGCUUCACAAAAAGGAAUGACUGGAAUGGGGACACCCAGAGAUGUUAAUUAUCGACCUAUGGGGACUGGAGGAGCUGGAGAUGUUCCUGAAGAGAAGGCUAGAUUGACUGAUGGUAAGGGAGCGAGGAAAUUAAUUAAAGAGCUAAUAAAAAUUUAA